CUACAGCCCCCAUAGUUCCUUGCAAAAUCUCACAGACUCAGUUGCUCUGAAAUGCAUUAAACUGGACAACAGCGCGCAUACGAGUUCAGUCGGGGAAGAAUUUAGAGGUUCGCAAUGACCAAUCAUUGUUAAUCCAUGGAAUGGAGCAAAGGUUGACAUUAUCUCAUGCGCAGCACGUUGUGCAUGUGGACAUGCUGUGAAUUAUUGGUAUGAAAAUAGCUGCAGGUAGGACUUUACCGCCAUGUUCGUCAUUGUGAAAGGUUUCCCUCUCACCCCCUCUGUAAUGUGUAACACUGGAUCCUCUGUGGAAGGGAAUAGUUCUAACAGGAAUCUCUACUUGCUUAGAACAUCUGAAUUGGUGGUUUAGGCCAUACUCUCUGGUUUCUAUGAAAAUUCCUAUAGCAAGCCUCUUCACUAUAGCAAUACCACUUAGUCAUUUGAUACAGUCAGAGGUAGACUUGGGACUCCAGUGUCCACUGUCAGGCCUCUACCAUGGUGAACAAAGACGCUAUGGUGAGUGGGGACAGGGCUGUGGAGGAAGAGGCUGAACUUGACCUGAAGGAGACCUCCCCUGGAGAGCCUGACCCUGAGAUGGCUCUUCCCACACCUGAGGACCCCUCAGACGGCCAGACCAAGACCGCACGGACCUGGGAGUUGUCGGUGGUGUUCCUGUGUUUCUAUGGGUUUAUGGUGCAGCUGAAGCCUGGGGAGCCCUUUAUAACACCAAACCUGCUCAGCAUGGAGAAGAACUUCACCAGGGAACAGGUGACCAAUGAGAUCAACCCGAUCCUGUCCUACUCCUACAUGGCGGUGCUGGUGCCAGUCUUCCUCCUGACAGACGUCCUGCGUUACAAGCCCGUCCUGGUCCUCUCAAGCCUCAGCCACGUGGCCAUCUGGCUCCUCCUCCUCCUGGGUUCCUCCCUCUUAGAGAUGCAGUUCAUGGAGUUCUUCUACGGCAUCACCAUGGCAGCACGCGUGGCUUACUCCUCCUAUAUAUUCUCCCUGGUCACCCCAGAGCUCUACCAACGUGUGGCCAGCUACUCGCGCUCUUGCAUCCUCAUGGGGGUGUUUGCCAGCUCGGUGCUGGGCCAGGUGCUGAUAUCCGUGGGCAGGCUCUCCUUCGCCGUGCUCAGUGCUGUCUCCUUGGCCUUGGUGUCCUUCGGCCUGGUGCUCUCCUGCUGCCUGCCCUGGCCCAAGAGGUCCCUGUUCUUCAACAGGGCCCACCAUGCUGCCCAGAGGAACCUCCAGGAGCAGGCUGCCGCCCAGUCGGAGCUGGCCAGGAUGAAGCAGGGCGAAGCGGGCUUGGGUUCAGGUGACACACCCUCCCUGGCCCCUCUCAGCUCUGGUUCCUCCUGGAGGGACUCUGUGUUUAUUCAGAUGCUGAAGGAGCUGAGGAACGUGCCGCGGAGACCCAGCCUGAGACUGUGGAGCCUGUGGUGGGUGUUCAACUCCGCUGGCUACUACCUGGUGCUGUUGUACAUCCAUGUCCUGUGGGACAAGGUGUACCCCGCCACGGAGAACAAACACGUCUACAACGGAGGGGUGGAGGCUGUCUCCACACUACUGGGUGCGAUCACGUCGUUUGCAGCGGGCUUCGUGAAGAUCCGCUGGAACGUGUGGUCUGAGCUGGUGAUCGGCGUCAUCACGGCUCUACAGGCUGGCCUGCUGCUCCUCAUGGGGACCACCAGCAACAUCUGGGUCUGCUAUGUGGCCUACUCCCUCUUCAAGGGUUUCUACCAGUUCCUCGUGCCCAUCGCCAUUUUCCAGAUCGCCUCCUCGCUCACCAAGGAGCUGUGUGCCCUGGUGUUUGGGGUCAACACUUUCCUGGCGACCGUUCUGAAGACCAUCAUCACCCUCAUCGUCUCUGACAAGAAGGGUCUGGGACUAGACGUGCACUCCCAGUUCCUGGUCUACUUCUUCUACUUUGCCUUGCUGACGGUUAUCUACCUGGGCUGUGCUGCCUGGGUCAUCAUUCGCCACUACAGGAACCAAUCGGCAGGAGGUGGAGGGGACACAGACCAGGCCACGCCCACUGAGCUAUGUUCCGUACCAUCAAACCCCUCAGAGACGGAACCUCUGUCCAAUGGGAACAACGUGAAGGCCUGAAAGGGAUAUUCUGGU